UCUACUUAUGAUAAGGUAAACCUUGGUAUUGUCUGCACUUGAUGACAAUAGAAAUAAAAACUUUCACUACAAAAAUGCUCACAUAAUAGAAGAGGAUGUGCGAAGUAUUUACACAUUACAAAGGAUCUGCAAUAAUUGAGCAAUUAUUAUUCGUUGUGUAAAUGCAUACACAUUUGUCAUUAUUUCAAUUUAACAAAUACCUAAAUUUUUUAUCAGUUAACAUUUAGAAUUCAUUGAGCAGCUACAUACCUACGGCUAAUGUGCAAAAAUGUUUAAAUUUAAAUGCACUGUUUUUAUUUUAUUUUUUGUAAGUUAUUUGAACUAUAUGUACGACAGAUCCUGCUUAUAAUUUAACUCAAUUAAAAUUAACUUAUAUGUUCUAUCAAAUAUUAAUUGGUUGAUAUUAUCCCUUUAGAUUGGGAAUUAUGGCACAUUUAUUGAUUUUAAUGAGCUUCAAAAAAGUAUUUUGCAAUGGAAGAACGAGAAGUUUCCGAACCUUAACGAGAUCGGCGUAGCUACUAACGGAGUUUUUGACUUAAGUGACGUGAAGAACAAGAUACUACAAUGGAAAACUCAAAAACUUGCGGCGCUCUGCCCUGCGAACGGCCCUCAAUUGCAAAAUUUACUUAGCAUUGUUUGUAGUACAGCACAGGCCACAAAUGUAACCCUACGAGAUGCAUGUAUAGCAUGUUUCUCAAGGGUUACAUCAAUGCAGGAAGGACCGCAACAACUGACAGCUUUAAGUACUUGCGCCACUCAGUAUUUUACGAAUACCUCAUACUCUAGUUGCGCAACAUCCCUAAUGGUCCUGUCCACGUCAGCUUUAAAUGUGAAACCAUCUGGUUGCUAUAUGGGAUACUGUGAUUUCGUGAGAUGUCUUCGAAGAAUUAACUCAGUUAAUUUGAUAACUCAAUGCACUAGGGAAGCAAGAACAGGAGUCAAUUUAUCCUUAGAUUCCGACAAUGUUCGUUUUUACACGAAUGUCACUUCGUGUAUUUUAGCGAAAACUAGAUGCGGUUCCUUUAAUCCGAUUACUGGUGAUCCUCAAGUACCAGGAUAUUCAACCGCUGGUGUUAGAUUAAGUAAUGCUUUGCAGUUUUCGGCAAGUGGUGAAUUAAGGAUACUAGCUUUUCCAACGCAAACUCCAGUUACCAAUGCCUUUUGUGCCAUUUCUAAUAACCUCACUCAAACAAAUUGGCUAACAAACGUUUGUUAAAUUUAUUGAAUCAUUAAUCAUAUGGAAAUGAGUUAUAUUACAAUUAAUUAACAUAGCCAAACCAUUAGAACAAUAAAAUUAAGUUACAUUUUAGAAAAAUA